AUGGAUCUCCGUGAUAUUCUAGCCACUCGUGGCUUUGCGACCUACAGCUUGCGUCAUCCUCGGGAGGCAUUGUCAAGCUUUGGCCCAACCCUGAACGAGGCCACAUUCGGCUAUUUAGGGACGUCAUUCCAGCCUGAGCGCGACAUUCGCAGCUUAGAAGGCAAGGUCGUCCUUGUGACAGGAGGCAAUGCCGGCCUAGGCAAGGAGACCAUUCUCCAACUCGCCAAGCAUCGCCCGUCGCGCAUCUACAUGGCCGCCCGCACCGAGAGCAAAGCGCGCGAAGCAAUUGAAUCCCUACAAAGCCAGCUCUCCUCCCCCGCCGAUAUCCGCUUCCUCGCUCUCGAUCUCUCUUCCUUCAAAUCCAUCCGCGCCGCCGCAGAAAAGUUCCAGUCCGAUAGCGAUCGGCUGGAUAUCCUUAUCCUAAAUGCAGGCACAAUGGGCAACCCGCCCACCACGACGAAGGAGGGCUUCGAGAUCCAGCUUGGCACAAACCAUAUCGGACACUUCCUGUUCACAAAACUGCUUCUGCCUACUCUGCAGAAGACCGUUGAGCUCCAGCGCGCAAAGGAUGAGGUCCCCGAUGUGCGGGUCGUGACUGUCGCUUCGGCAGCUCACUGUGUCGCCCCCUCCACCUUUGAGGAAAUUACAUCUACCCCUGGCUUGUUGGCGUCUAGUACUUGGACGCGCUACGGCGCUUCGAAGUUGGCUAACAUCCUCUUUGCAUCCGAGCUGGCCCGUCGGUAUCCCGAUAUACUGUCUAUUUCUGUGCACCCCGGUGCGGUUGAUAGCGGGCUCUAUGGACAUACGAAGAGUCUCAGCUCGGUGAUGAAGCACGGUAUCACGGCCGUUGGCUCUAUGCUCUUUCGGAAUAUUACUAGUGGCGCUCUUAAUUCUCUUUGGGCGGCUGGCACCCAAAGAGAAAAUAUUAUCAACGGAGCUUACUACACCCCUGUUGGGUACCGUAGUGGUGGCACUGCGCCUGUGCAAAACGCGCAAUUGGCGCAGAAGCUUUGGGAUUGGACCGAGAGUCAAGUUUCCAAGAGAAACUAA